UAAUCCAGUGUGUUAAAAUGCACUGGGGCGCAAUCGAGCAAAAGUGAAGUUCCGAAAUCUGAUGUUUGAAAGAGCAAAGGAUGGAGAGAAAAUCUAAAGAGACUAAAACUUUUUAGCUGAAGAAGAAGGAGAAUCCCUACAGACUAAUAAUCUAAUCCUGACGUCGAUCAGAGCAAACCUUAAUACGGCGUCGUUGUUCGCGUCGCUGACACUGAUUAUUGAUACAACUGCAAGAGAAAUACAGGAGUCUGCAAAAAUUGUUGUGUAGAACCCUAGAACGCAAAGUGGUAAACACUCGAUUUCAAUCAGAAUGCCCCAGGUGAAGAUCAUAGCUAAGAAUUUCAUGGACAUGGUGGCCUCCUUGCCCGCCAUGAAGCUUGACAAGCUCUACGCCAAUGCUUUCAUCUGCGAAGCCAUUCUAAGGUCUCUGCCACCUCUAGCCAAGAAAUACGUUUUGCAAAUGUUAUUCAUUGAGGGUCCAGUAAGCGCCACAUCAAUGCAGGAGUGGGUGCUUGCAGAUGGGGUCUCCAAGCAUCAAGUUGCAAUUGAUCGGUUAAUUCAGUUAAGAUUGUUUACUGAAACUGCUGACAGGAAAAGGGAAACAACUUACAGAUUAAAUCCUGUAUUACAGGCUAACCUCCAGAAGCUUCUAACAUGUGGUGAAGUUUUGCCAAGAGAGCCAAUGCCUCCCAAUGUUACAGCACGGCUUCCGAGCUUGGAGGAUCUUGAGGCUUUUGCCCUGGAGAAGUGGGAGUGCUUCUUGCUGCAACUUAUUAACUCAUCUCAAGCUGAAAAGCCAACAAACAUAAGCUCUUCUAUGAUGAAAAUUUUCCAGCGGGGACUUUUGAGUCAAAGGGAGAAAGAAGCUCCACGAUUAACAGAAAGUGGUUUCCAGUUCUUGCUGAUGGAUACAAAUGCACAACUUUGGUAUAUCAUCAGAGAAUAUAUCUCUAACUCUGAGGAGAGAGGUGUAGAUCCCGCAGAUUUAAUUUCAUUCCUUCUAGAGCUUAGCUUUCAUGUGACAGGCGAGGCCUAUAAUAUGAAUACAUUGACCGAUGUUCAGAGCAAUACGAUAAAGGACCUUUCAGACUUGGGAUUAGUCAAGCUUCAGCAGGGUAGGAAGGAGAGUUGGUUUAUACCUACUAAAUUAGCCACAAAUCUUUCCGUGAGCUUAGCAGAUUCAUCAUCAAGAAAACAGGGGUUUGUGGUGGUGGAAACAAAUUUUAGGAUGUACGCCUACUCAACUUCUAAACUGCAUUGUGAAAUUUUACGUCUUUUCUCAAGGAUAGAGUAUCAACUUCCAAACCUUAUAGUUGGAGCAAUAACAAAGGAAAGCUUGUAUACUGCAUUUGAAAAUGGCAUAACAGCAGAGCAGAUAAUCUCUUUUAUUCAGCAGAAUGCACAUCCUCGUGUUGCAGAAAGAAUACCAUCUGUACCCGAGAAUGUUACCGAUCAGAUUAGGCUAUGGGAGUCAGACCUUAACAGGAUUGAGAUGACUCCUGCCCAUCAUUAUGAUGAAUUUCCUAGCAAGGAGGUCUUUGAGGCUGCUUGCGACUUUGCCCGUGAAUGGAAUGGGUUGUUGUGGGAGGAUUCAAAGAAGAAGCGUCUGGUGGUCAAGGCAGAAAUCCACAUGCACAUGCGGGAUUUUCUUCGCGGUCAAAAGUAGUGUGCCAGAUACUGUGGGAUUUUCUUGGCUGUCAAAAGUAGUAUGCCAGAUACUCUCAUUUGUUUGAGAUUUGUAAUGAAGCUUUGUGCCCUAGAAAAAAUGCUUAGUUCAACAUGAGUGUCAUUUUGUACCUUGGGUUGACGAAAAAUGCUACAAAAUUGAGAUAUUGAUCUCCGGAAAAGAUGUGAAAGGUUUACACUGAAUGAGAUGGAUAGCUCUGUAGUAUGGAUUGCAGGACAACAAUUUGAGUUUGUAGGAAUAUCGUAUCUAAAUUUUUUCAGCCUAAAUUCCAUCUCAAGAUAUUACAAGAAAAUGAAUGUACUUAAUAUCAAAAGAAAAUUGUAGAGAAAGAUGAAGGCUCCGCCUCCUGUGAGUUGUAAUGGACAUAUUUAUUGAUUGUGGAAAUUCUAAUUUUGCAUAUAAUAAAUUUAUUAGAAUGGGUUUGAUUGGCAUAA